AUGGGAAGUGAUGUUGAGUUAUCGUACAGGGUCCUUCCCGUCGAGGAGUCGGAUAUACCUCGGGUUGGGCAAAUCGUGUGUGACGCGAUUGUGCAAGGAGAGAACGGCAUUGAGCCAUACGUUGCAGCGACAUGGCCAGGACUAGAGACGCCCGAGGGCCGCAACGAGGCCAUGUCUCGCUUCCACGCACUGAGGGCUCAUUUGUCCGAACCUGAUCACUUCCUCAAAGUUGUUGAUGGGAGCACUGGCGAGACGGUGGCAACCUCAGUUUGUUUCUACAGUCCAGAGCCUCCCAAGGAGAUAUCCGGCCUCUCCGGCGAUGCUUGGAAGACGGCGGACGAUCGCKAGCAUGCUUUCCAUCUGAAAGCCGAAAGAGAUGCUCUUCUCCUGCGAACGUUCGCCCAAUUGGACGGGCCAGUCACAGCGGCGAGGUAUCGGACGUCAGCUUAUCAGGCAUCUGAUCUCGUCAGAAGCACAACGAGGCAAGCCCCUGGUCCUGAUAGCACAAGCAUCCGCGGUGGCAUUCUAUCAAAAGCAGAAAUUCAAGGUCAUCGAGGAUGUGACAUUGGCAGUUCCACUCAAGUGGCAGAACAGGCCUCGCGCUCGCCUCAUCAGUAUGCUACACGAGCCCUGAGUCAAUAA